AUGACUCAAACAAAAAAGAAGAAUCCCGACCUCGUCCUUGCCUUCACAAAAGGUUAUAAAAGUAACCAACCUGCCCCAGUUCCCUUUGUACAUUCAUCAAGUCAAACAUCCACCAACCUCAUCAUAUACCAAAUACCCUACAUCAUGGUCCACCUACGUCGUAUCAUUGUGAGCGCUUUCGCAGUUGGGAUGACCAUCACGGCUCCUACUCCUGUGCAAGCCGGAGUUGUUAGCACCGUAGCAUCCUCCCUAGUCGAACUUGCUUUCGAGAAAGUUGCACAAAUGACUCUUCGCCCCAACCUCAACACCAUGUCCACCAAACUAACCGCGCACAUGAAAGCUGAGACGCUACCCAAGAUCGUCGAUGCUGCUAUCGUCGACCUCAAAUCACACACCGGGGUCGAUGUUUCGGGAAAAGUCAAUGUCAAGUCUCUUGUGGAUGCUCAGACGGGAGAGUUGACGAAACGAACCGAAGCCUUGAAGGGCACCAUCGAGGACGCUUUCGUAUUGGGAAUCAAGAACGCCGGGAUUGUGAAGACAUUGACAACCGUAACCGAGGCAAUGUCAAUCAAGACAUGGUCUGAAGGUUUGAAGAAGCAAACUACGGACUCUAUCAGCAAUUCUGUCCAGUCAGCUGUGGCAACCUGGUACAAUGCAACCGUGCUGGCUAUCUAUGACGACGUAACCAAAAGCAUUGUAUCGCAAGCCAAGCUUAAGCGCCAGGUCACUCGCCCCCUCCGCCUUCGUGCUGAUUCCGCCCGAUCACCCCAGGAUCAAAUUCUCGAUGUUUUGAAUGUGGCAACCAUGCUAGCACUGUAUGCUCUGUUUUUCCCUGUUGCUAUCAUUGUUGCUCCAGUUGCAGCGCUGAUUAGCAUUAUCACCGGAGGUGCUAGUGCUUGAGUUGAACAGUAGAAUCGUAGACUUCAUAGAGAUAUAUACACUAGUUAGAUGUCACUACUGAUAUUUUAUCAUUAUACAAUAGUAUGUAAUUAACGUUGAA